AUGGAAGCGGGUCCGUCGGGUUUUACCCAGGCAGCAGGAGGAGCAGCACCGGCGGAUGGGAGUGUCCCUCAAGCCCUAGGGCCUAUCAUUGACCCAGCGCUGAUGGGUACGGGCGGGUUGGCUUCCGUACCUGGUACCCCGAGGUUGGAUGGGCCUACAGGUUUGACUUUGCCUCUGCAGCGAUUGUCGUCUCAGCCACCACCUCCGAUUGGGCGGGUGGUCCCUGCUGACGAGGAUGUGGAAGGAGAUGAUGAGCUACUGCCUGCGAUGGCGGACGAUGAUUAUUCUGCCCAGCUGUCGUGGCAGAGUCAGUCGAAGGAUAACCUGAAGGUAUUAAUGGAUAACUUCAGUCCAGCACAGUACGACAGGUUCGAGGCGUAUCGGCGUCAUGCACUGCCUAAGCAAGCAGUAAGGAAGGUUGUCCAACAGUCCCUGGGUCACCAGGUCUCGCAGCCCGUCGCCCAAAUCAUCGCAGGUUUCGCGAAAGUAUUCGUAGGAGAGAUCGUCGAAAAGGCGCGAGCAGUGCAACAACGACGAGGCGAAGGAGGCCCGUUGUCGCCCGAUCAUCUUCGCGAAGCGUACAGAGCGUACCAGGCAGAGACUGGUCAUGUUGGGGCUGCGAGGCCCAUCCGAUCGAAGAAGCUAUUUGUGAGAUGA